UAGUUCUGGUCCAAUAUUUAGUCAGUUUACAUUAGGAGAACCAUAAUGGUGGAGGGUGGUAUGGUUUUGCCAGAAAAUACUCAACCAAUUUCAAAACUUAUAAGAACAGUACUUUUCCUACGAUUGACAACAGCCCAUCAAAAUGGAAGCGGAAACAUUGUGUUUUGGCCUGUAUCCCUCAAGUCAGUUAUUCUUUAUAUCAUUUGGGUGAUGGUACCCUUAGGUGUUCAGAUUCCUAACUUUAUUAAAAUGAUCACCAGUAAUCCCAGCUUCACUUAUCAGUUCACCUUUGUGGCUCUUCUUCUGGGAAUGAAUGGACUGUAUUUAAUCUUACCCAUAGUCCUGGGAUAUUUUCUCUCUAAUACGCCGGGUCUCCUUAUGGUUCAGAUCAAGCCACCACGACGAAUAGUUGGAGUUCUUCUGAUAGGACUCAUCUUGUUUAUCAAUGUAAUUCUUACAUCAGUCAAAUAUUGGAGUAAGGUUGAUGUUUUGAUAUUUCACAUUAUCUACUUCUGUCUAAUUUUGAUUGUUAAUGUACUGUCUGUUCUUGUUGUUAACACAGUUACUGACAACUAUAUCACCACGGUGGAUUCAGCAGAAUUGAUCCUGUCAGCAGAAAAAUCAUUAUCUAUGUUUAGAGCAUUGAAAAAAGGACUCAGUCCAUAUAUAUUUAUUUUGUAUUCAAUUGAAACACUUUUCCUCAUCAUGGAGUCAUUUCAGGCAUCAAACGAGUUGACUCAGGACUCUAAAUCCAGAACAGACGUAAACAUGUUUGUUUAUAUACUAUUCUCUAUCAAAGCAGUUCUAAUGCUUUUUAACACUUCAUCUGUGGCUGAUGAUUGCUAUGACAAACUGAAUGAGAAAAAUGAUGCUCUUAGGAGUACUCUUGUGACAGGAAAUAAAAAUGAAUCUGCAAGUGUUACAUCAGUUUUGUCCAAAAUUGAAGCAGAAGAGAGAUUUGAUGGAAAUGGGUAUUUCUUUGCUGGAAGACAAGCUCUGUUGAGUAUUUUAGGAACUGUGCUAACUUAUCUAAUCAUUCUCUAUCAAUUUAACUAAACUCAGGGCAAAUAUUUGUAUUCCACAGCAACUAGCCCCACCGACUUGGCUUGAUAUCCAAGGUGUACACUUUAAUUUUGUGAGUGUUCGCCUUAAAUUGAAUAAAUUCCUUUCUUGGCAUCAAUUAGGACGCUUGAACUAGGGCUGGGCACGUUUCAUUCUAGAACGAGGGCCUCCAUGCAGCUAUAUUGUUCCUUUCUCGUUCGUUCUUUUUUCAAUCGUGUUAUACACCUUCCGUUCCGUUCCGUUCUUGGUGUUCUUAGUCUAAGAAGGGUCCCUUCCAUGAGUGUUAAUAAAUUAUUUAUGUAAUUUUCUUAAGUGGACUCAUCGGAUACUCCCUCUUAAUACUGUGGUGUAAGCUUUAAGAAUCCGAGUUUUUUUUUAACAGAUCUCCAGAUGUUAUAUUUAACGAGCCCCCCCCCUUGUGUGUCCCCCUCCCAGUUGGGGGGGGGCACACGAAGGGGGGCCUGUGCACCCAGGCUCCCUCUCAUACGCCCCUGCACAUUCCUGAUUUAAAAUGCAACGUGUUCUAUGUGUUCGUUCUUUUUUUCCCAGCACAAUCGGAUCGUUCAUAAUAAUUCCGUUUGUUCUUGAUAAUUCCGUUCGUUCUAGCGAAAUAAAGAUCGUUCCCCAGGAACGAUUCCCAGUCCUAGCUUGAACUCUGAAAGUCAUGAGAAGGUUUCCCGCAUACCUAAAGUUGAACCCUCCAGGAAAAAUUAACCAUCUGAAAAAUUGCACCUUCUGUUCAAUAUACAAUAACACAAAUAGCAGCUAAUUACAU